AUGGUUGAAGCCGAUCGCCCGGGGAAGCUUUUCAUUGGCGGUCUCAACCCCGAAACCGACGAGAAAGCCCUAGAGGCUGCGUUUGGCAAGUAUGGCAGCAUCGUCGAGGUGCUCUUGGUGAAAGACCGAGAAACCACCAAGUCUAGGGGCUUCGCGUUCAUCACCUUCGAAAGCCCAGCAGACGCCAAGGCCGCCGCCAGAGACAUGAACGGCAAGUCCCUGGAUGGUAAGACCAUCAAGGUGGCCCAGGCCACCAAAUCGGCGUUUGAGAGCGGCCGGCGAGGCCCGCCGCCGCCGCCCCGCAGCGGCGGCCGCCCAAGGGGCCUGCGUGGGGUCCAGGGGGGCGGUGGCCCACGGCGACUCCCUUCCCGGGGGGAGCCCGCUGACGACGGCGGCUACGCCGAGGAUUUCGACCUGCGGCCCUCCAGGGCCCCAAUGCCCGUGAAGCGCGGGCCGCCGCCGCCGCCGCCCCGCCGAGCCGGGCCGCCCCCCAAGAGGGCCGCGCCGUCGGGCCCGGCUCGCAGCAGCGGCGGUGGAAUGCGCGGGCGGGCCCCGGUCGCGCGUGGGAGAGACGGCUAUGCGGGCCCGCCGCGCCGGGAGCCGGGACCCCCUCGCCGGGACCCCUACCUGGGCCCCCGGGAGGAGGGCUACUCGCCCCGAGACAGCUACUCGAGCCGAGACUACCUGAGCGGCCGCGACCCCAGGGAUUUCGCGCCCUCGCCGAGAGAGUACACCUACCGCGAUUACGGCCACUCCAGUGCCCGGGACGACUGUCCGUCGAGAUGCUACAGCGACCGAGAUGGCUACGGGGGUCGCGACCGUGACUACGCGGAUCAUCCGAGCGGAGGCUCCUACCGAGACUUCGUCGAGAGCUACGGGGACCCGCGCGGGGCCGCAGCCGUGCGCGGCCCGCCGCCAUCUUACGGCGGAGGCGGCCGCUAUGAAGAGUACCGCGGCUGCUCCCCCGACCCCUACGGAGGCGGCCGCGACAGUUACACCAGUGGCCGGAGCGACCGCUAUUCCAGGGGUCGCGAACGGGUAGGCAGACCGGAUCGGGGGCUCCCCCCGUCCAUGGAAAGGGGGUGCCCUCCGCGUGAUUCCUACAGCAGGUCGGCCCGCAGGGCCCCCAGGGUCGGAGGCCGCCUUGGAAACCGGCGGGAGAGAGGAGGAGGCCGGAGCAGAUACUAA